AGUGCGUCGUUCGCACGCAAAGUCGAAAAGCUCAUAGCUUAGUAGCCAUUUCAUAGAAGAAGACUAGAACUGAAGGGAUAAUACAGAGCGCGCGAAGCAAAGAAAAUGGCGGAGCCUAAAGUAAAAUACGAUCGCCAACUCAGGAUCUGGGGUGAACAAGGACAGGCAGCCCUUGAAAAAGCGAGUAUAUGCCUUCUCAACUGUGGCCCUACAGGUUCCGAGACUUUGAAAAAUCUUGUUCUUGGAGGGAUUGGAAGUAUCACCAUAGUUGACGGUACCAAGGUAGAAGAGGGCGAUCUUGGCAACAACUUCAUGGUGGAUGAAUCAAGUAUCGGACAGUCAAAAGCAAAGUGUGUAUGUGCAUUUCUUCAAGAGCUAAAUGAUGCUGUAAAAGCUAAGUUUAUAGAAGAGUUUCCAGAGGCGUUAAUUGAAACAAGACCAUCAUUCUUUUCUCAGUUUACGUUAGUAGUUGCUACACAGUUGGGUGAGGAGUGGAUUGUAAAGCUUGACAGAAUCUGUAGGAAGGCAAAUGUCAUAUUGAUUGUUGCACGCUCCUACGGCCUUACUGGGCUUGUCAGAAUCAGUUUAAAGGAGCAUACUGUCAUUGAAUCAAAGCCUGAUCAUUUUCUGGACGAUCUCCGGUUAAAUAACCCAUGGCCAGAGCUGAGGAGGUUUGCUGAAAGUAUUGAUGUCAAUGUUCCUGACCCUGUUGCUCACAAACACAUUCCAUAUGUUGUUGUCCUUGUCAAAAUGGCAGAAGAGUGGUCCAAAAGCCAUGGCGGCAGUUUACCAUCAAGUAGAGAGGAGAAGAAAGCGUUCAAGGAUCUUCUCAAAGCCAAGAUGAUUGCAAUGGAUGAAGAUAACUACAGAGAAGCUAUUGAAGCCUCUUUCAAAGUCUUUACUCCUCAUGGAAUCAGUCCAGAUCUGAAACAGAUAGUUGAUGAUAGCUGUGCUGAAGUUGAUUCUAAUUCAUCGGAUUUUUGGAUAUUAGUGGCUGCUUUGAAGGAGUUCAUAGUGAACGAAGGAGGUGGGGAGGCACCCAUGGAGGGAUCAAUACCAGAUAUGACAUCUUCAACUGAGCAUUAUGUUAAUUUGCAAAACAUCUACCAAGCCAAGGCCGAGGCUGACUUUAUGGUAAUAGAUCAAAGAGCAAGGAACAUUUUGAAAAAAAUUGGCAGAGAUCCAAAUAGCAUCUCAAAGACGACAACCAAAAGCUUCUGUAAAAAUGCAAGAAAACUGAAAGUUUGCAGAUAUCGUUCGCUUGAGGAUGAGUUCAAUUCUCCAGUCUUCACUGAGCUACAGAAGUAUUUAACUGACGAGGAUUUCAGUGUCGCAGUUGGUUUCUAUAUUCUGCUUCGAGCUGUUGAUCGUUUUGCUGCCAAUUACAACAGUUUUCCUGGGCAAUUUGAUGGGGGGAUGGAUGAGGACAUAUCCCGAUUGAAAACUACUGCCGUUGGCCUACUCAGUGACUUGGGUUGCAAUGGCUUGACAUUGUCAGAGGAUCUCAUUAAUGAGAUGUGCCGAUUCGGCGCUGCGGAGCUCCAUACAGUCGCUGCCUUCAUUGGAGGGAUUGCAUCACAAGAAGUAAUCAAGCUAAUCACCCGACAGUUUGUACCCAUGUCUGGAACUUACGUAUUCAAUGGCAUUGAUCACAAGUCGCAGUUGUUGUCUCUCUAACGGGUUUUAAAGCCAUAAAAUGUUGAGAAAGAACUGGUAUCCAUCACCUUCUCCCCAAUACCAUCAACCUUGAAGUUUUGCUGGAUUCCAGAUUCACCUCUUCGGUUUUCAUUGGCGGACCAGACACUUUCCCUGGAGGAGAAAGCGCUCACUUCUUAUUUGGAGUUAUGGUGCAUUGUUGUAUUCAUUGCUCAAUUCAUACUUCGUGCAAUUCCCUGUUGAUGAAGGUUCGAUUAGAUCGAAAUUUUGAUCGUAUCUCUGACUUUGCAGAGGGAGAGCAAAAGGGAUUAUUAGAAAGUUUCUGAUUCUAUAUCUUAUUUCUAUCUUUAUGACCUUCAGUCCUAUGAGUAUGACCUUUCAAUGGCCUCCUCGAACCAAUCUGGGUUUCAAAAUAUAACAAUUAUGAUCGUCUUUGGGGCAUUGCUGAAUUUGGUGAACGUCAUUUAUCGUCUUUUCUUUAUCAUUGUUACUUUCUACCCAGUGAGUGUUCUGAGCUGUAACUAUACCAUUUCAGGAACUUGUUGCACUGGCACCUA